AAUCAGCUCCGAUAAACUAGAACACAUCUACGAAGAGUGUAUCUUUUAUCGUGUUGCUUGGAGAGAAUCACCUUGGAACUUCCAAUCCAAUUCAACAUGUUCUACAUGUAGCAGUGCGGAGCGGCAUAAUUGAAAUAGUAACCAUUUGCCUUCAGUAUUUUCCCACUUCGAUUUGGAUCAAUACACCAGGUGGGACCAUAAUUCAGGAAGCAGUAACCCUACGACAAGAGAAGGUGUUUAAUCUUAUGCUUGAGAAGAACGCAAUCAACAAAGUCAAUUCCGGCAAUGUGUUCGGAAACACUGACUUGCAUGCCUCUCCAGGCUGUGGAAGAGUUUGUUCAUCCCUCGGUUAGACUAUUUAUGGAUAAAAAAGGCCUAAUACCACGAGAACUGUUUACGACGGAACACCGGGGAUUACUCAGAGAUGCGGAGAGAUGGAUGAAGGAUACAUCAAACUCCUGCAUGGUGGUAACCACCCUCAUAGCUACCGUCGUUUUUGCAGCAGCUUUCACAGUUCCCGGCGGUAAUGUCGAAGGCAGAGGCAUUCCGCUGUUUUUAAACGAGCAAGUCUUCAUGUUGUUUGCUGCGUCCGAUGCGUUAGCUCUCUUUUCCUCUACAACUGCCAUCUUAAUGUUCUUGUCUAUCCUGACGGCACGGUAUGCGGAAGAAGAUUUCCUCCGAGCUCUCCCAAAGAGGUUGAUAUUAGGAUUCGCGUCCUUGUUCCUUGCCAUAGCGACCAUGAUGGUGGCAUUCGGAGCAGCACUGUAUAUGGUCCUAAGUGAGAGGUUCAAUUGGAUUUUCUUGCCGAUCAUAGCACUCACUUCCGUCCCCGUUGCUCUCUUUAUUAUGUUGCAACUUCCACUGUUCAUCUUCAUGGUGCAGUCAACAUAUGGUUCCGGCAUUUUUCACCCAAAGAAAAUUUGGUAAUCAAUUGAAGGAUAUAUCGGGGCGUUUUGCACUAUGUAAGCAAUAUGUGUGUGUGUGUCUUUAUUUCAUGGAUUGGUUUGGAGAAUUGUCAUUAUAUUGCUCUAAUAAGUUGAUUGUAUGAAUUGGAUUUGUUGAGUGAAUCUGGACUAUGUAAGCCAUAUGUGUAUCCAAUAUAA